GAAAUAAUUUCUGCAACAUAUCUUCGAUUACUUUACCUUGAUUUAAAAAGUACCCCACCCAAGAAAUAUUUUUAGCGAUGUCAAUGACUAAACAUCACCAAAUUUAACUGAAGACCUUCCUAUGAAUUCGUAUAUAAAGAGGAGUCAUUUUCUCUUGGAUCACAUCAUUCAGUGCAAUCAGUUCAUUUACUUUACAAACAAAAUGUUCAAGACUGUGGUGCUACUAUUUCUCCUAGGCUUUGUAGCUUUAAGCUUGGCAGGAGAUGUCACAUUCCAUCCUGGAUAUUAUGGUCCUGCAGUCAGUCACAGAUACGAUCGUCGUUAUUAUCCCAACUACUACGGAUAUAAUUAUGGAAGAUAUUACAGAGGAUAUGGCAGUAGAUAUCACGGAUAUCACUUAGGUGACUAUUAUGGAGACUAUUACGACACUCCAUACUAUUCACAUUACUGGUAAAUCUAUUGAUUAGUGAAUUUCAAGAUCGAAAAAUUCACUUUCCGCACUUCAUAAAGUUUAAAUAUCGAUUCAGAACGUUUAAAACUAAAUAAAAAUAUGUACAAAUAUAUAAUGUGUGAUAAAUAAAAUCUUACAU